CAUCCUCGCCGGCCACGCGACGCGACGCGAGCAAGGCAAAGCACGCCAAAGAAGAAGCGGACGCAACUCCAACAGCCCUCGGUUCUCACUUCUCACUCCACACCUCCACCGUCCACCCACCCAGCCUCUCACGAGCGUGUCCGCCAUGGCGUCGUCCAAGCCUUCGUUAUCGCUCCCCUUCCCCAUCCCCGCCCCCGACCCGUCCGACGAGGUCGUGCGCGAGUUCGGCCCGCUGCUCCGGAUCUACAAGAGCGGCCGCAUCGAGCGGCCCCUGGUUGCCCCGCCCGUGGAUCCCGGCCACGACGCCGCCACGGGGGUCCAGUCCAAGGACGUCCACCUCGGCUCCUACUCCGCCCGCCUCUACCUGCCCCCCGUGGCCGCUUCCAGCGCCAAGCUGCCCGUCGUCGUGUACGUCCACGGCGGCGGCUUCGUGGCCGAGUCGGCCGCGUCGCCAGGCUACCACCUCUUCCUCAACAGGCUGGCCGCCGCGUGCCCGGCGCUCGUCGUGUCCGUCGACUACCGCCUGGCGCCCGAGCACCCGCUCCCGGCCGGGUACGACGACUGCCUCGCCGCGCUCAAGUGGGUGCUCUCCGCCGCCGACCCCUGGGUCGCCGCGCACGGGGACCUCGCACGCGUCUUCGUCGCCGGGGACAGCGCCGGCGGCAACGUCUGCCACUACCUCGCCAUCCACCCGGACGUCGUCGUCGUCGCCGGCCCGCAGCCGCGGCCGCUCAAGGGCGCCGUGCUCAUCCACCCCUGGUUCUGGGGCUCCGAGGCCGUGGGCGAGGAGACCACGGACCCCGCCGCGCGCGCCAUGGGCGCGGGACUCUGGUUCUUCGCGUGCCCGGACACCAGCGGCAUGGACGACCCGCGGAUGAACCCCAUGGCGCCCGCCGCGCCGGGGCUCCACACGCUGGCGUGCGACCGCGUGCUGGUGUGCGCCGCGGAGGGCGACUUCCUCAGGUGGCGCGGCCGCGCGUACGCCGAGGCGGUGGCCGCGGCCAGGGGCGGCGGCGGCGGCGGCCUCGGGGACGCCAACGCCAACGCCGGCGGCGGCGUCGAGCUGCUGGAGACCAUGGGAGAGGGACACGUCUUCUACCUCUUCAAACCCGACUGCGAUAAGGCCAAGGAGAUGAUGGACAAGAUGGUCGCUUUCAUCAAUGCGCCGUGAUCCGCGACAAUUGCGCUUAAUAGUGUUGCUUUUGUGUUUAUCGUGGUCUCAGAAUCACCGUGAUAGGCAUUUAUCGUGACAUUGUGGAAAAUAAAAUAAUGGAUUUCAGCUGUUUUUGAAAAUGUUGCCCACGCAUCGACUUGUCAA